AAGUUUUUAUUUAAUCUUCUUUGUAAUCAGAAAAAACAGGAGAAUAAAGAAGGUAGGAAGCAGUAACAAACGUACCUGACAGCAAGUAGAGUAGUCAUUUCUGUCGCUGUGAUUUGUUGUUUGCACUGGAAUCCUUCUCUGCUGGUGUGACGCCUGACCUUUAAUCUUUGUGGUCCAGCCUUGAGCCUUCAGACAAGCAUCAAGACGACCUGAGAACCAGGAUGUCUGAUCUGCUGGCUUUUCCUCGGAUGUCCUUCCUGUUGCUUUGCAUUCUGGGUAUGAUCUUGGUGACAUCUGGCUUUCCUCAGCAUCGACUUCAUCUCAGAAGUGAUUCAGAGCAACCUAAACGAGAGGAAUGGGAUGUCCUCUUCCCCUUCAUCUCUCUCCGUGAUUGGAGCAUUGAAAUGAUGUCAGCGCCCAGCCUCGGCGCAGGAGCCAAUAACAAGGCAGGACUGAUGAGAGAGGCGUGGCUGUUUGGCCCUGAGAGGGCAGAGAAAAGCGUGCGGGGGGCGUUGCCUGCAGAGUGGACGCACGGUGCCAGCAUGAAGAGGAACAUGGUGGUGGCGGACGACGCUGCCUUCAGGGAGAAGAGUAAACUCCUCACAUCCAUGGAGAGACAGAAGUGGCUCAACUCCUACAUGCAGAAACUACUGGUAGUUCAUUCAUCGUGAUAGUUCAGUCCUCACAGCCUUUAUUCAGUCCAUCAAACCACUUUGGCACGCUGCAGUGACAAAACGCUUUUUAAAGGGAUCCCUGGGUUACUGCAAAGCUCAUAUCAAGUCAUCAACAACUGCUGUAUUAUAACUGCUCAUGGCUUCAUUUCAAAAGUAUAUUCCU